AUGUGUUAUCAGUAUCCAACGUCGAUCGCGGAAGACGAUUCCAUCUUUGUAGCACUUCCAUCGACAGAUGACAAAGUGAUCGACGUGUACAGCUUCCCUAGUGAGCUACUCAAAGUCAGGGUCCCACGUAUACAGACAGUUGAGACCGGAAUGGUCAUGGCUGUGAAGCUUGUUCGUAGCCAAGCCACGCAGAGAAUUCUACUUCUUGCAGGAUAUGAAGGCGGUGUUACGGCAGCUUUCAUGCUGGCAGAAGAACAUUCCAAUACAGGCAUAGAAACUGCGCAGCUCGUAUACCUUAGCCAACCCCAUUCCCAGCCCAUUUUGUCAUUGGACGCUUCACCAGACGGCGACCUUUACUACACAUCCUCAGCAGAUGCUGUAAUAGCCAAGCAUCGCAUACCAGAGUUGCCACACAAUCCUGCUGGUGUAGACAACAGCUCGGAUGUGUCCACUUCCAAAUCUACACCAAGUUUGUUCGCGAAGAAAAACAUGAGCCAGGACAAGCCUGGAACCUCGGCACCCAGUGGUCUAUCUUCACUGCUUGCGUCCUCAGCACCACUACCGAAGUUUAGACCAGCUCCGCCAGUUCAACCACUGGUCACUCCACAACCGCCGUGCAGAACAGUGGACACCAAACAUGCAGGUCAGCAAUCUCUUCGUGUCCGCUCUGACGGCAGGCUCUUUGUGACUGGCGGUUGGGAUUCCCGGAUUCGUAUAUAUAGCACCAAAACACUCAAAGAAGUGGCAGUGCUCAAGUGGCACAAGGAAGGAGUCUACUCAACUGCUUUCGCAGAGAUUCUUACACCAGAAGAAGCAGGCCAUUGCAAGGCUGUCAACAAGCGGCAGAUGGAGCGCGACGAACAGACGAGGCUCAAACACUGGGUUGCGGCUGGAGCCAAAGACGGGAAAGUCAGUUUGUGGGAAAUAUUCUGA